GCGGGCUGCGCCUCCAGUGAUCUCGGCGCCCCGGCUCCCAGCGCCGGCAAUGCAGCGGCCUGUCGCGCCGGGAUCCCUGUGUAUCUUGCCUGAUGGCUCCGGGCAGGGGCCGCCCCUCUACGUGUGCUACUGCGAGGGCCCGGAGGGGCUGGGGCUGGACCCUGAGCCAGGAGAGACCUGCGCUUUCAACAUAUAUGUGACCGAUGCCCUGGAGCUCUGGAAUGCCAGCUUCACCCCGGAGACCUUGGAGAAACAUAAAGCCCAGCAUGGUCUGGAUGAGGCUGAGGACUAUUCAUCUUGGUUCAGGGUUGCCUGUGACCAGCACGCAGUGUCUUUGACCUUGAAGGAUGACAGCAGUGCUCACCUGACUAUCUCCAGGGAAGCAGAAACCCUGACUUUUAACCUUUCUAAGGUGCCCAGCCCUGAAGCAGCCCCACGACUCCAGGCACUAAUGCUGGGGUUGGCAGAGCAAGUGUGCAGGUUGGAGAGGCAGCUGGCAGCUUUGAAGGAUGAGAUCCCCAGCCCCAGAAAGAAACCCCAGCCAGGUGGGCAGCAGAUGUUUUUGCCAGACUUUUUGCAUACCCUAAAUCUAGAUUCUCGAAGAGGUGCCCCAGGCUCCGUGAUCAGGAAAUGGAUGCCAGGAGAGUCAAUCAUCAAUCCUGGCUUCAAGAGUAAGAAGCCAGCCAGUGGAGUGAACUUCGAAGAUACCUAAGACCUGGUAACUCCUGCAUGAGGCUUCUGCCCCCUGGGAAAUGAGGAUUUGAGGAGUUACAGGGCUCUAAGGAAGCUGAUAGGCCUCAGAGCCCAGACUGAAGGAGAAAGGGGAAGGGCCAAGUUGGCCCUGUCCAGAGGAGUGAUUCAUCCAAAGGAGUGACAGUUGGCUCCCAGAUGCUCUCUAUUUUGCAAAGCAAAAUAAAUCCACAAGUAUUUAUUGUCUA